ACUUAUGGUUAUGUUGAAUUGUGGCCCCUCGAAAAAACCAAAUUCUGCCCUGGGUAAUGCUACCAGAGUAGACAGACAUCACAUUUUCCAUUUUACUAUGCUCAAACUCCACAACGCUGAAAAGUUGAGAGUUUAUUUGUUGGGGAGAUAAUUUUAAAAUCACAUGAGCACACUAUUUCAAUAACUAAAAUCCAGAAAGAAGGAAUAUUGCUCUCCAUUAUACUUAUUUACAUUCAGCACCACUGCAACGUACCGGGACAAUAUUAGCUUUCAUAUUAGCUUAAAACAAGGCUUGUUCUACAAGAAACUAGCCUUUCUUCCGAAGCUUUCUAAGGAGAUGGAAGAUAUUUCAAAAGUCAUUCUGUUUUGCCUUUUUCUAAAGUAACUAAACCUAAGAUCUCUUUUUCUUUUCCCCAAUUUUCUUAAUUUUUUUAUUCUUUCUGAUGCAUCUUGGAUGACUCAGACAACAGAAAGUAAGAUUCACCUACAACUUUCGAUCUCUUUAAAUAUAGUGGGAGAAGCAAUGAAUCAUACACUAGUCAUUAAGCAAACAUAUCUUCCUUGCUUAUUGCUAGUAAAGGACAUCCUAGGCGAGUGGCUGCAGAGGUCAAGCCACUCCAAGCAACAGAAUUUGAAUAGCUGAAUUUUCUGUCAUUAAUCAAAUAUGGAAACUUUAUUGCAGAGACAUGUUAUUGGUUUUCCAAUUGGAUCAACAGCAUUACAAGUUGAGCAAUCAGUUCAGAGACUCUUACCUGAUCUUGCUGGCCAAUACAACAUUUCCUCUUCAGACACCAAAUACCCAGCAUUAAAACAAUGUAGUAAAGAUUCAAUGCUUAGCAGGGUGAACAAGCUUGGUAAAAGAGCAGACAGCUUUGCGCAUGGAGUCCGAGAGCAUGUGAGAUUAGGAUCCAAGAUCUCAGAAACUGUAAAGGGAAAGUUGAGCUUAGGAGCUAGAAUUCUUCAAGUGGGUGGAUUGAGAAAAAUCUUCAAACAAUUAUUUAACGUUGGAGAUGGUGAAAAAUUAUUGAAGGCUGUCCAUUGCUAUUUGUCAACCACAGCUGGACCCAUUGCAGGGCUGCUCUUCAUAUCCACAAAUAAGAUCGCCUUCUGCAGCGACAGAUCGAUCAAAGUCUCUUCCCCCUCAGGAGAGCUAAUUCGAUUCCAUUACAAGGUAGUGAUUCCAGUAGGAAAAAUAGAGAGAAUCAAUCAGAGUGAGAAUGUGAAGAAGCCUUCACAGAAGUACAUGGAAAUAGUUACAGUGGAUAAUUUCGACUUCUGGUUUAUGGGGUUCUUAAAUUAUCACAAAACUCUUCAAUAUCUUCAAGAUGUGAUCUCUCAAAAAUGCAAGAAGUGCUAGAUGCUUGGAAGCUCUAUUGAAACAGAAAUGUUCUUUGUUUCCUUCCUCUUUCUUUAUUAUUUGAAAUGGGAGGAAAAAUUCACAUUACAAUUUACUCAAUUGUACAAAUUUUCUCUUGUGAAUGCAAGUUGUUAUGUUGUGUUCAGUUCUUCAUCCUUAUUCUUCAAAAGUCUACAUCCAAAUCUAUUGGAUGGAGAAGCUUAUCAUCACAUCAUGUCUUUUUACAAGUAAAUAUUGUCAAGAAUCAGUUGUAAAAUCAAUAUUUAGAUUGAUUGGUUUAAAUCAA